AUGAGGAGCAAAUUAUGUUUACAUGUGUCAAAGACCCUCGUUGAACUUAUAUAUGUCCUUGAACAGCCUCGCAGGGUCGGCUUCCCAGAGACAGGGGUAGGAAUCCUCAUCGCCAAGAACGUCCAGCUCCUGUUGGUCCUGGGCGUGUACUCGUUCUCCUUCGGCGUGCCCGUCGUGUGGAUCGGCGUCCUCACCUUCUCGCUCAGAGUCAUCGACAUUCAUCAGGAGCAGGCGAUGGGCGUAGCCGUAGUGGCCGUGUGCAUGUCCAGCGUGGCCGCCUUCGUCAUCGCCCGAAUCACGGACAAAAUGUACGGCCACCUCAGGGUCACCAUCAUUGGCCUCCUGCUGGCCUCUGCUGCCUGCUUCCUCUGGUUCGUCCUCAUCUCGACCGGGGUGAUCGAGCCCUCCCUCGUCCAAGUGUACAUCUCGGUGGCGGGCGGCGUGUCCUUCGAGUACGCGUCCGUGCCGCUGCUGGUGGAACUGGCGGUGGAGCUCGGCUACCCGAUCUCGGAGAGUGUCACGGGCGCCGCGCUCACCUUCCUGUUCAACGUGGUGGCACUCGUGUUCCUCGGCCUCUUCCAGAUACCGAGCGACUACAUGUGGGUCAGCUACGUCCUCCUUGCCUGCGUCUCCCUCACCAUCAUCCCCCUGAUGUUCGUGAAGGAAACACACAAGAGAUCGGAGGCUGACAGAAAGGAGAUCAGUCACAAUGCUGGGAGCGCCUCGAGUCCGCCGGCGUAAUACUCCAUUACUGUGGAAUGCCUACACUGCCUGUUAUUUAUAAUGAGAGGGAAGGGAAGGAUGUUUACACACAUACACACACACACAGAGAGAGAGAGAGAGAGAGAGAGAGAGAGAGAGAGAGAGAGAGAGAGAGAGAGAGAGAGAGAGAGAGAGAGAGAGA